AUUGCUUGUGAGGCUUGCUAUUUGAUGUUUAGUGGUUCAAGUCCUCCAAUCUGUUAUGGGAUGGAAGCAGAUAUGGUGAUUCUUGACCAAGCAAUCAAGGAUUUCAGAGCACAAGAGAGUGAGACCCCCAAGAUCAUGCAUCAUUUCACAAGCACAUGGGUGAAGCGAACCGAUGACUUCAAGGAACCAUCUCUCUGUUUUCCCUUGCGAAACCUGCUUCUUUAUUUUCCAGGUGGCAUUUCUGUUGAUGAGAGUGCAAAUCGCCUUUUCCUUUCCGACUCCAAUCACCACAGAGUUAUUGUGCUAGAUGGAAAUGGAAUGAUCUUAGAUUCUAUUGGUUCUUCUCCUGGUCACGAUGAUGGAAAUUUUGAAUCAGCAAAGUUAAGACGUCCAGCAGCUUCUUUUUAUCAUGCAGCUGAGGACUGUCUAUAUCUUGUGGACUCAGAGAAUCAUGCUAUUAGGAGAGCUGAUCUAGGGAGGAGGGUUUUAACGACUUUGUAUCCAAGAAGCAAGACAAAUAAAAAUAGCAGUAUAUGGAGAUGGAGCUGGAUAUUGGGAAAGCUUUGGCGUAGAAAUGAUCUAGAUGCACAGUUUGAGGAAUUGAAUCCGGAUGCAUUGCUAUUUCCAUGGCACAUGCUGAAAUCUCCAAAUGGUGAUCUCCUCAUUUUUAACUACAGCUGUGAGAUGUUGUGGAUCAUGGAUUUAGCCUCAGGCUUGAUCAGAGAGGUUGUCAAAGGAUUUUCAAAUAUUUUGGAGAUCUGUGAGCCGUUGAUCCUGGAGAAGUCGAUGCUUUUGAAUCAAAUACCUAAUGAUUGGUUGCAGCAGCAAGCGGAUGCACAUAGCUCAUCAAAGAGAAUUCCGUAUGUUGAGCUUAUGUCUUCUGUGGAAACUUUUCUGGAUCAGAUACUCAUUUGUGAUCCAGUUGGUCAGACGGUAUUAAAAUACAAUAGAAACUCGGGUUCUAUAUCAAGCUUCCAGUUUUCUAAUUUGGGAAUCCUUGGGUUUCCUUACUGGUCUUCAUCUCCUCUGGAACGAGUAUGUGCUGCUGAUGCAGCAUUGGCGGCGAAUUCUAUUGAUCACCUAGAAUCUUUCAACUUGUUGCCAGGUAGAGUUGACAUACGACUGAAUGUGGAUAUUCCAGAAUAUGUUGAUCUAAUUGAACCAUUGGGUGAAAGUUGUAUAUGGCGGCAAACUAGAGGGGCAGCAACUGAAAUAUCUGAGGCAGACAGCACGACCACAUCUUCGGAAAAGGUUGGUGUUGCCCAGCAAUGGUAUGACGAAAUUGACCACCUUGCCUUUUCAACACCAGAAAUAGAAGCAACCUUAGAAGAGGGAACGAUGAGCCUUGGUGAAAAAAUUCCAGAAGGGAAAGUCGAGAUCAGUUGCUCCGUUAACUCCAGUCCUGGAACAAGUGAGGUUAUCAUUUGUGCUGCACUAUAUCUGAGACUGAAAAGGGAUUCAGAUGCCUCUACUGAGAGUAGACAGAGGAAAGCAGCUAGGAUAGCUGAUCUGUUGAACCCGGGGACAAGGAUAAGCAGAGAUGUAAUUGUUCAGUUCUUGCUGACAUCAAAAAGAGAUCUAGAAGGAAUCAUCAUAACAAGACCUGUACAUGUGAGACUCAAGUUUGAUUGUCCAAACCAUCCAAAAGCAGAUAAUUCCAAAGAUAUAAUUUUGACGGACACCUCUUUAAAUGUGAAUGUUGCUCUCACGUAAACCUUUAAUUGUGUAGUGUAUUACUCUUGAAAAUAUUCGUGGCUCAUUAUUUUCUUGUAUGAACAAGUGCCUUGCCUGUUUUAUUUUCUAGUGGCUUUUCUAUCUCUAUGUUAAUAAAUUGUUAUGUUUUUCUGA